AUGGAGAGCGUCAAGGGAAAGCAUUGUUAUCACCCAGAGAAUUGCAAUCCAUACAGAAUUUUCAAGAAUAUAACAAAAUGCUACCGCUGCAAUGAAAGCGAUGUUGAGUCCUUCAUUUUUAACGAAGAGGGGAUACCCCUGAAUAGCGGAGAAGGGCAUAACCAUGCAACCACUAACGAAUGCGUAGGUGUACUAAAACGUGAACACUCUCGUAGUGGUUUAUUAUGCAAAGGGAACUUUGAAGAGAGCGUAAAUAUCAAUCAUGCAGAUCAAAGAAGUGCUUCUACAUUAGCAAAAAGGGGGGAAGGAACGAGCAAAGAUGAUACUAAACUGCUUGACAUUAAAAAUGGAAUAAGUAGCUAUGCCUACCUGGGAGAUAGAACAUCACAGGUGUUGCAAACAAAUGGCCCUUUUUGUCGGAGCGUAGCUUAUACUUCAAACGAUAAGCCAACAAAUAGGACAUACAUUCCAAGGGUAAACUCUGAUGAGAAGAUAAAACUGUACAACGACCUUUACGUUUAUGUUGAGGAAUGUCGCCUACAGAGGGAAACGAGAGAGGGCACCACAAAAGGAGAACCACGUAGCACGAGAAGUAGUCUUAAUACUUCUCUAAGUGAAGAUAAACCGUUUAACCACACACGUAAGAAGGACCAUCUCGAAAGGGUGGACAAUACGAGCAGCGUAUAUCACCCCGACGAUGAGCACACCUAUGUCUAUGAUGACCUAACAGCGCAUAACGACACAAGAGAUAAGUUAACACUGAAAAAAAUGAAAACAACGAUCCAGCUUGGUGAUAAGUUAAAGGAAGUUUCUAAAUCUGAAUACUUAGCGAACCAUUCAGGACCAUUUCGCAGCUCUGAAAAUGAAGAACACGAUGCAGCGUCACCAUCCGUGGUGGAUAAUCAACUGACUAGGCAUAAAGAGUUCAACAGCAAUAACCACGAAAAUUGGGGCACCUGUACAGAUGGGGUAAAGGGACAAAUGUACAACAACAGCUCGUUGACAACUUUAGUCAAACUGUUGGAAGGAAAAAAAAAAUUGUAAAUGAAAGCCACCUACUCGAGAAAGAGAAUCCAAAUGAGUAAAGAAAAAAAGGGCUAUGCACAUAGGGGGAAUAAAAAAAGGAAUAAGUUGGGCUCAAAAUAUGCUAAGGAUUGUGCUCCAUGCAAAUUUCCAAUUGGGAAGGGAGACAAAAAAGUUUCAUCAGAUAUGCGUAAUGGGGUCAAUGAGCAUUUGGCUCAACUCAUUUAUUCCAAGCUGAAUGACCAGCACGGGAAAAAUAAGCGAAGAGAAAGUGGGCCCCCGACCCUGUGUCAGACAAAGUUUGCUAACAGAAAAUCACACAAAAAUAGGAAAAAAAUUAAAAAGGUCAGGGAAGUGAAAAGAGACAAAAAGCUCCAAGAAGUAGCGAAAAAUAGUAUAGAGCUGGACGAAGCUAAAAAUUUGAUAACCCAAGAUCAUAUGCAAAGGGAUGAUGUUGAAGAGGCGUCUAUCCUAAAUGGCGAAGUGAAUUCAGAUGAGGUAAACAUCGUACCGGGAAGAGAUUCAGACGGUUCUAUUGCCCCUAAAAUGACCACCAAAAGUGUUGGCAGUGGCUCGUACAAUUUUUGCCUGAGUGAUGAUGUGAGUAAUUCCUCCUACAGAUCAUUCCUUGUGGACAUCCACAAUUUGGAGCUUUUAAAGAUCACGGAAUAUUCUGACCAUGCAGAUGGUGUGCAUAGCACCGGUGAGGCGGAAGAGGAUGCCUUCAUAAAGAGUGGGGAAAGUCACGAGGAAGAGGAAGAAGAAGGAGCAGAGGAAGGGGAAGAAAACGAUGAAGAGGAAGAAGGAAACGGAGAAGAGGUAGAAGGAAACGGAGAAGAGGAAGGAGACGGAGAAGAGGAAGAAGGAGACGGAGAAGAGGAAGAAGGAGAGUACAACGAUAUAGCUAAAUGGGGAAAGGAAAAGCUGGGUAGUAGUAACCCAGAAAAUGGUACCAAUUUGAAAGCCCGCGUGGAAAGGGGCGCCAACUGGGUGGAUCUCACCAACAUAAAAGUUGGACUAGAAAAAAAGGGGGCAAGCAAAACAAAAAAAAGUGUCAAUGGUCGCAAUGCUGGUUUCAAUUUCGUCUCUAGUGGUGGUUGCAGCGCAGAAGAAGUGACGUCCAUAUGUGGAGGCGAAUACACCACCUUCGACCAAAACGAAGAGAGAUUGACAUUUGCGGUUCUGAGGAAGGUUGUCAACUUUCUGGGAGGCGGAAGUGGAGACGUACAAUCAGGUGAAACACUAAAAGAGGGCACAAAAAGUUUUAACAUAGACAGGGAUGGACAAAGAGUAGACCCAUUGACAAGUAAUCCCCAAAUUGACACACCUCGGGAGGAUGGUCUUUUUUGCGAAAUGGUGACAAGCACAAGCUGGGUAAGAGGCAGAAGAGGGGUAAGAAGCAGGAGCGAUGAUUCCUUUUUCGAAAAGGCGAUUCUCAAUACAGAUGCGGAGAACUCAGAACAGAUGGAUACGUGCACGUAUAGGCAAUCGUGCCAAAAGGACAAAAACCUGUUCCUGCUUCACUCGAACUUGUUGAAGCAGCGAUCCUUCUUCCAUCAACACGGGACACUCGAAAAUGAAGUGAUGUAUAUUCUAAACAGCUUAACGUUUUAUUCUCACAAAUUGAAGAAUGUACUCAACUAUGCCAUCGGGAGGAGAUGCCCAAAUGGGGACGCCUUCCAAGUUAAGUUACUUACCCUCUGCUUGAUCAAUUUAACCGAAAAGGCAAAGAGGAGUGGUGGCCCUACUGUAUGCCUUAAAAGUGUUUCAAUUUUAAUGCAUGAAUUGUUGGGUCGGGUUCGCUACGGUGUGUUGAGCCUCUCCAAAAAUGGGGAAGUCACUAAAUUUGAGCAGGUGAUUAUGAAAACGUACCUAAUAGAGUUGAUUAAAAUGUGCAGGUUGUUGUUAACAUCACUAGGGGGGAUAAAAAAUUGCUCUCGUUUAUCAUCCGCAGGGGAUUUUUCACCCCAUAAUUGGGCAGCAUUGGCAGGGGGGGAAGUACCCAAAAUGAGCAAAUUGAAGACCUCGCUUGAGAAGCACCUCGUUCGUAAUUCGGAAGACAGAAGACUUUUCGAACCACACGGUAAUGGUAAUGAAAACGCCACCGAUCGCGUUAAAGGAAAAGGAUCAGGGGCGGUGGCGGUACUCAAUUCUAUGGCUGGGGACAUAAACCAGAUGAGCAAACUUACUAACGAGGUUGUGGCUUCGCAGAGUGACCUCCCUAUCUACUGUGACAUUUACAAGCUAAUGAAGGGGCUGAAAAAAAAAUUGCUACUCCUAGAACAGAACAGUCAAAACAACUUUUGCAGCUUAAGGCUAAUGUUGAAAUAUCUGGACAAGUUGAGUUAUAUUUAUAGAGUGAACUCUGCGCUGCUGGUUGACCCCAAAGGAGGGAAGAUCCCGGCUGACCAACUGGCCGACCAAAUGGAUGAUCAAAUUAGACGCAUGGUACAAAAUGUGGAGGAAAGAAUAACCGCCUGGAAGAGGGGAAACGACGCCAUUUGCGACAUACCGACUUUGUAUUCUAUAAAAAGUGUGCAAAAAAAAAUGGAGAAAAAUGUCUUUGCCUUUUUUGAGCAGUUAUCAGGGAGGGAUUCCCAUGGGGGGAGGUCCAUUGGCGUUUCUCCUAGAGUACCUAAACGAAACGGGAGUGUGGAGCUAGAAGGGGGAAAAAUGGCACAUGUUGGAAUGAACAGUGUGCCAAACGAAUGUCAUAGUAAGAAUAUGAGAGGUCUACAUAAGGGUGGCGAGAAAAAAACGUUCGUUGACAACCCUGUGCACAGCUAUCACGACGAAACGGAGCAUCUAGAACGGCUGAAUGAAUGCCUAAAUGAGGUUAUACUGAGCGAGAAGGAGGAGCUAAUCACAAACCCUAAUGGUCAUUACGCCAUGUUGAAGGAGUACAAAGAAGAGAUGUCCCUAUUGAAUGACCUUCGAAAUGGUGAAAAUGCCUUAGUGAAUGAUUUUUUAGACCACAUGCCCAGCUCGAAGUUCACGAAAAUCUUAGGGAACAAGAAAAAGGGAAGCGGCCUUCCAUUGGAAAGGAAUUCAUAUAGAGACUCCCAUCCACAUUUGAAUAAUGAAGAAUGUCUUAACCACGGAAGUGGGUGCUUUGGUUGUCCUUCACACGAUGGGGAAAUUUUGCAGGACGUCCUUUCUCUAAGCGAGCCUUUAGCACAACACCAUGAAGUAGAACUGUCCAGGAGAAAUUCCCACCAAUUGAACUUCCCCGAUGGGAGUACCAAUAGUGUUAAACAUUUUAAAAUAUAUUGA